UGACUGAACACUUCUACAGUGUUUAGUGCACUACAGCUGGAACAAGCACGGAGAGGAGUAGUGAGGGAGGAGGAGAGCGACUCACUGAGGAGAACAGACAGCAGAGUGAGAGUAUAACAGAGGAAAAGCACCUUGAAUCUGAAAUCUACUCUUCUAGAAACCAUCUUGGUUUUGCCAAAGCAGAGAUGGAGUAUGGGCAGGAGCCUCCAAUUAUAUCCUUAUCAAAAAGUUUCACAGACAUAACAAGUGGUCCACCUCAGCGAACAGAACAAGCCUGGUGCCAACAGUACCUUCGCAAAAGUGCCAGCAAUUUUAGUUGCCCACAAAGGCCUGCCUGUAAGGAAGGACCAGUCUUUGGCCAGCCUGGAGGUGAUACUCAAGAAACUGUCAACUGGUGUGGAGUAGCAACACAACCCUGCACUACUAAAGAUUUGCCAGCAAGAAAGACGCCUACACAACAACUGCUUCGAGGAAUACAACCAACCUACACUGUUGAAAGGUGUGCUUCAUGCUCCCCAUCCAUAAACAAAGACUUAAGAAUACAGAACAGGGAGACUUGCUGCCAGUGUCGAGUGACUGAAGAGAACCUGAAAGAUGGCACCAGAAUGGUCUAUGGUAUGCUGUCUCCUGCUCUAGGCUCCAGACUCUGCCUGAAAAGUGCACACAACCUUGCACAGCAAGAGGUGGAUGCAGAAUUUCACACUGGGUGUCACUUUAAAGGUGAGAGCCACCAUUUACCAGCAUGCAGAUGCGGAUUUGUUAAUAGUGCACUGAAAAACACUUGUUCUGUUGUGCCCUGUCCUGGACAUGUAAUAUCACUGCCAGUUUUCACAGGAAGUUCUUGUGCACAUGAAAGAUCACAACUUCACUCAUCUUUGCACUGCUUCCAACCACUAGUUUCCUCUGUCAGUGAGACUCGACUAAACAGCCCUACUGCAGCUCAUUGCUGUGGGAGUGAACCAUGUGGCAAGAACCUCUCUACCUUCAGAUUAGACAACACAAGCCAGUCUGGAUUUUGUCUACGAACAGUAAAAGAUGCUGCCAUCAUGACAUCUAUAAAGGAUUUCAGAGAAGUUGGUGUGCAAACCAUGUCCACAGAUUCCCUUGUUUCAUCAGGUUCUGAAGAAGAGAAUGCUGGGGCUAGAUUAUCAGUUAAGGAGGUGGAGUGGGACGCAGAGGGAAUGACAUGGGAGAUCUAUGGGGCAGCUGUGGACCCAGAGGAGCUUGGCCUGGCCAUUCAGCAUCAUCUGGAACUUCAGAUCAAAGAGACAGCCGCUGCUGCUGCUGCCAUAAAUAAUAUGUCUCUACAAAACGAUGGUGCUUUUAAACAAAAGAACCAGAGACGGAGAAAGAGUGGAAGUGUGGUGCGAUCACUGUGCAAUCCGGCUUGCUGUUUGCAAAGAAGCGCUGUGAAAGACUAAAUGCUGUCAAAUACCUGUAAAUGUAUAUUUCAUAUAGAACAUAUUUAAUUUGCCCACCAGGUAAAAGUAACCAAAUAAAAACACCAGAAUAUAUAUUAGGCAGACUAGCCUAAUCCAGGACAAACAUAAUUACUUAAAGUUCUCUGGGACUUUUAAGGGAUUAUCUGUCCACAGACAGAGUUUAACCAUGAUUCCUAACUUUUACCCUCAGGGAUUAAUACAGGCAACACCUGAACUAAAAUAGCUUUCCCACCUGGUAGUGUGGUACAGUGUAAAAUAGUUUAAUCAGUCAGCUAAGCUCAGUACUGGGUAAUUUGGUUAGUGGUGAACAUGAGUUUUAAAUUGCUCAAUUCUCAAGGGGGUGAUUUGUGAGAGGAUUAAGUUAUCCAGUAAUCAAUCACUUAUUAUGUAACCAUUGUUUAUUACAAAGUGUCUGUCAACAGCAAACAAUAUUUGCCAAUUCUAACAACACGAUUAUUUUGUACUAAAGUGUCCAAACAAAAGGUAUAUUUUGUGUUUAUUUUAAAAUGAUCUACAGACUAUAUGUUGGAUCAGAAAUUUUGUCAGAAAAUGACAGACAACUACACAAAUAUCUAUACUGAACCUGUGCCUAAUCUAGAUCUUUGUCUAAUGUUUUAAUCAUGUUGAUUUUAAGUAAUAGAAGUUAUACUGUCAUAAGCUAGAGCUGAAACUUUAAAAUGCACUGGAUGUGGUGGUAUCUCUCCUGUGAACCGUAUUAAAACGGAUUUUCAGAAUAAUAAUCUGCAAUCAUGAAAUCAUACAUGGAAAUAAAUACUGAUUAAAUCAUAUUUGUAUUAGGUAUGCAAUAACAUAACUACUUAAG